AUGGCUUUCCUCGGUGAUUCUAUCCGCGGGGACGGAUUAAUGCGGCUUCAUACAGCUCUAGCCGCAAUAGAGGAAGAUUUCCCGCAACUCAGUGGCAGCAUGUCACGGUCACGAUUCGACCACCCACCACCACCUUACGCCUCAGACCUAUCCGGGGCGACGACUCGAUCACCGAGUCCAAAUAUCCUGACUAAGGAGCAGCAAAGUCGGCGAGACAGGCGAGACCAGCUACUGGACGAGCGAUCUGCCUCCAGACCUAACCACCAGUUCCGGCAACAGAGGGCGGAAGAGGAGGAGCGCAUCAUCGAGGCGGACAGGAAUCAAACGUGGUGUCUACGGGUGGGCGAAAGCUUCUCAGAGGUUGCAUACAAUAUUGUUAAGAAGCGAUGGGUCGAGCAGGGCAUCUGGAGCGACAAAUGGACAUCCACAGCCCUCGGGCGAUGGAAACAUGAAGAACCGCUCGAGAUCGAGUCGGAUUGGGAAACAGACCCUGAAGUGCCACCUCACUUUCUUUCUCCGAGACCAAAGUCGAGACGCUUAAAGAGUGAUGAUGCACGGCGACGGAUUGCAGAACGUCGAGCUGUCCUAGAGCGUGAGCGUGAGGCGUCACGGCCCUAUUAUCAAUUCAUCUAUCAAAUAUCGAAGGAACGGGAACGAAUGCAUCAGAAGGCAACGAGCGGAGACGAUGACUUUCCCGAAGAUAUCAACACACGAGCCUACGAGGUUGUCAAGAACACCUGGCAUCGGCGAAAGAUUUGGAACGAAGCAUGGGGCGUCAUGCCAGGAAUGUCAUGGAAGCAUGAAAAACCAUGGGAUCAAGCGAUUGCAGAGUUUGGUCUUGAGUUGACUCCACCGAGAGAAGUAUCAAACCCCGCUCCCGUAACCCGAACUCUGGAUCAACCUGGUACAAAUGGGCUCGCCUUGAACAUCGGAGGCUCUUUUCCUUUUCAAGGAAAUGGUGACGGGUCAACUCAACAGGAAUCGUAUGGCCAUACUGAGCCUUCUGGCUCGACGCCGAGCUCGACCUCCAACCCAUCCAAAUCGCACAAACCUCGGCCUCGAACGAAAAGGAACCCGGCGCCACGGUCAGACAGGAACACGUCUGAUCGGAAAGACGAUAAGCCGCGAUCCCUGCCCGGCGGACCACUUGACCCAAUGCACUCUUCCAGGAUAUCAAAAUCGGCAGUGAAGAGGAAUGCGCCACUCCAGCGACAGGCCAAGCCGGCUCAAGCGUUACACGACAACACCCUACCGCCAGCCCAGGGAGACGCUGCUGCAAGCAUAUCACCACGCAGAAGUGGACGAAUACAGCUCCUUGAACGUGCCGCAGAUAACAAGAUGGACGGAAUUGCUUCACGAAAGCAUCAGCGAAGAGGUACUUCGCGGGUCAAAAAAAGAAGUACAAGUACACCAAAUAAGGCGAGACAGUAG